AAAACGGUGCGUUUCCAAGUAUCUAAAAAACUCUGUUCUCUAGGUUUUGUUGAAGCUGAAACUGAUGACACUGUGAUUUAGACCAAACACACACUUCCCAGAAAAGAGACUGAUCAAUAAAAGGGUUCAUCUUAACCAUGACCGACUAUGGGCAGGAGCAGGAGAUGGAAAUUGAAGCAUUGGAAGCAAUACUUAUGGAUGAGUUCAAAGAAAUUCAUUCAAGCGAGAGUGGGUUAAAUACUUCGAAUCGAUGCUUUCAUAUAACGAUUUCUCCACAGGAUGAUGAUGCAGAAGAUUCAACAGAUAUUCCAGUUCAGCUAGCUCUCAUAUUCUCCCACACAGAGAAAUAUCCAGAUGAACCUCCACUGCUAAGUGUGAAAAGCAUACGAGGCAUACAAGUUGGUGAUCUUAAAGUUUUGAAAGAAAAGCUUGAAGAAGAGGCAUCUGAAAACCUUGGUAUGGCUAUGGUCUACACAUUGGUUACAUCAGCUAAAGAGUGGCUAUCUGAAAAAUAUGGUCAAGAUGCUAGCAAUGAGACUAUUGAAGAUGAAGAGGCAGCAAAAGAUGAGGUGAUUGUACCACAUGGAGAACCUGUUACUAUUGAUACAUUUCUGGCAUGGAGAGAAAGAUUUGAAGCAGAAUUGGCUCUUGAGCGAGCCAAGUUGAUGCCCGAGUCCGUUCUAACUGCCCCAAAGGAGAAGAAGAUUUCAGGCAGGCAGUGGUUUGAAAGUGGAAGAGCUAAAGGUGCAGCUACAGUUAAUGAAGAAUCUGAUGAGGAAGACGAGGAGGAAAUCGACUUUGAUGAUGAUGAUUUCGAAGAUGAUGAAGAAGAUAUGCUGGAGCACUAUCUGGCUGAGAAAUCUGACUCAUCUACUCACUCUUCAAGGAGAGCCAAUUAAAUGGAUACGACUGGUGUUGAGCUGCUUACUGGGAGCACCAUGAUUAUUGAAGGUCUACCAGUUUUUGUUGGGCACUUUGUCUUUACAUGUAUUUAUCUUUUCUGCUCCAACAUCUCGAGGAAAUGAAAUGUGGAUUAGUGAUUGCAGUCUUUUCUACUCUAAGAAAAUGUAAUUUAUAUUCAAUAACCUUCUCAAAGAAAAGAAAAAGAUUCAGAACUUCAA